AUGGCAGAUGCAGAAGUGAAACGGAAAUUCUUAUCCUCAUCUAAGUAUGCUGUCGUAGGUGCGUCCAAGGACCAGUCAAAGUGGGGAACGAAGGUCCUUCAAUGGUACCUCGCGCGAGACAAAGCUGUUACGCCUGUUCACCCUAAAGAGGAUGAAUUAGAGGGGGUCCAGGUUGUACGUUCGCUCGUCGAUCUUCCCAGUCCAUCAGAGACAUCUGUCAGCAUUAUCACAAAUCCUAAGAUCACUUUGAGCUUGCUUGAGCAGGCAAAGACGUUGAAUAUCCCUGCUGUCUGGCUGCAACCAGGAGCGGAAGACGAGGCUGUCAUUAGAUAUAUCAAGGAGAACGGAUUCGAGGAUAAGGCAAUCUACGGAGGUCCUUGCAUCCUCGUUGAGGGCGACUCCAUCCUUAAGAGUGUACUGUAA